GGGUCAUCGAUUUUUGACUCUUGUACGAAUUAAAACGAAUCGACUUCAUCUGCCUUUUGAUUACGGGAGGCGCGAUGGUUUCCAGGUUCAAGAAGACGAGGAAGUUACGUGGCCAUGUAAGCCACGGCCAUGGUAGAGUUGGAAAACAUCGCAAGCAUCCUGGUGGUAGAGGAAACGCUGGUGGACAACAUCACCACAGAAUCAAUUAUGAUAAAUUCCAUCCUGGUUACUUCGGUAAGGUUGGAAUGCGAGUUUACAAUAUGAACCGUAACAAGCAGUAUUGCCCAACUGUGAACCUCGACAGAUUGUGGUCACUUGUCAGCGAACAAACUAGGCUGAACUACAAGGAUAAGAAAGAUGUUGCUCCAGUUAUCGACGUCGUCAGAGCGGGAUACUUCAAAGUUUUAGGCAAAGGGGUUCUUCCCAAACAACCAGUUAUUGUGAAAGCAAGAUUUUUUAGCAGGCGUGCUGAAGAAAAAAUAAAGAAAGUUGGUGGAACAUGCGUUCUUGUUGCUUAACUUUGACAAUAAACAGCAAAACCAGAAGUUC